AUGACUAGCUGGCCGAGACGACUGUUGCCGUCCUCACCACCGGACGCAAUCAUCGCCGUGGUCGGUGCAACUGGAACUGGUAAAUCUCAAUUGGCCGUCGAAAUCGCCAAACGAUUCAAUGGCGAGGUUAUCAAUGGGGACGCGAUGCAGCUUUAUGCUGGCCUUCCCAUUAUCACGAAUAAGAUAACCCCAGAAGAGCAGCAAGGUAUUCCGCACCAUCUACUCGGAUGCAUCGGUCUGAAUGAACAGACGUGGGUCGUAGGAACUUUCGUGCGAAGGGCGUUGGCAAUCAUCGAAGACAUCAGAUCGCGUGGAAAGCUUCCCAUACUGGUUGGUGGCACGCAUUAUUACACUCAAAGCCUGCUCUUUCGAGAUCGACUGGCCGAUCAGAGUGACAAUUCCAGCCCCUCAACCUUUGUUCCGAACACCUCAGAGAAAUGGCCAAUCUUAAAGGAACCAACAGAGGUGCUUUUGACGGAGUUGAAAAGGGUCGACCCAAUCAUGGCAGAUCGAUGGCAUCCGAACGAUCGACGAAAAAUACAGAGAAGCCUGGAAAUCUGGCUUCAGACGGGAAAGCGAGCAUCAGACAUCUAUGCUGAGCAGCGCUCGGAGAGAGAUUCGGGAUCGCAGGAGCCGGACAUGCGAUUCCCUGCACUGCUAUUUUGGGUACAUGCAGAAAAGGACGCCCUUCAUGAACGGUUAGAUAGGCGCGUGGACACAAUGCUAGAUAGCGGCUUGCUGUCCGAGGUUCAGACACUGUCCGCGUUUGUGACGUCGGAAGCUGGUGCUGGGAACAUUGUCAAUGAGAGGCAGGGUGCCUGGGUCAGUAUAGGAUACAAAGAAUUUCUCCCGUACGUUAAGGCCUUAGAAGCUACAAAGCUAGAUUCGGCAAGCGAUCUCGAAAAACUCAGGUUGGAAGCAGUCGAAAAGACAAAGAUCAGCACGCGACAAUACUCCAAAUCGCAAAUAAGGUGGAUUCGAAUCAAAUUAGCGAAUGCACUGCGCGAUGCCAGUGCAGACGACCGCCUCUUCCUACUCGAUAGUUCGAAUGCUUCGCAGUUCGAUGAGCAUGUUGUUGAGCCUGCGCUCUCCCUGACGACCAAAUUCCUCGACGGAGGCGCCAUGCCGAAGCCCACAUCGCUAUCGUCGCUCGCGGCGACACUGCUUCCACCAAAGCAAGACUAUGACCUAUCUGCAGAGCCUGAAAGGUGGUCGAAACAUCAUUGUGAUAUUUGCAAUGUUACGUGCGUCGUGGAGGAGCAGUGGCAGAAACACAUCAAAAGCAAAGCGCACCGAAAGCUCGCCAGCAAGCAGCAACGUGAAGCGCAAGCAACGCUCACGCCAACAGACAUUCCAGAGGACCAUGAAGCCCGCGCUUGA